AUUACAAAUGCAAUUACACUGUCAAAUUUGAAAAGAUGUGGAUUGUGAUAUUCAUCUUAUGCCUUUAUUCUCUAGAUUUGAUGAGUUCGAAGUAUACCUCUGUGUUUCAAUCUUCUAUGCGAGAAAACAACACAAAUGAUUAUACUUCUUAUGAGUCUGCGUUUGGCAACUUUAAUGCGUAUUAUGAGAAAAGAAACGGAGUUGAAAAUUCCCUGAAAAUACUUUUUUUGAACAAGAUCGAUAUAUCCUGUUUUACGAUGACUUCUAGAGGGGGGUCUUUCAGGAUAACUGUUGUUUCAAAACACUAUGAUUCGGAAUAUCUGUGUGAUAGUUUUAAGUUAGUAGGCGAUGAACAUAUUCACAAUGUAACGAGAUGUUGCCAUCGACAACAAGAGGGUGAUUUUUUGGUUAUAACCCGCACAGACAAUGGAGUAUUACGGCUGUAUGAAGUUGGCCUAUUGGAUUGUCCUUACGGAUAUUUUGGGUUUUCCUGUCUGAAAUGCAGAGGAUGUUCUUCUUGUGAUGCUGCAAAUGGAACAUGUUUAGUAUGUCCUUCGUUUAGAUACGGUGAAACCUGUAAAUUAGAGUGUCCAGAAAACUGUUCAAAUUGUGACAUUAGAAAUGGAAACUGUCAAAUCUGCGAAAGAUGUGCAGGAGAAUGCGAUAAAAGAAUGGGGUAUUGCACAAAAUGUAAACCUGGAUUUUUUCAACCUCCACACUGCUAUAGAUGCAAAGACUCAAUAAGAAAUUGUUUCCAAUGUAACAGUACUCGGAUAUGUAACGAGUGUGAAGCUGGAUAUGUUGGUGAACAAUGCGAAGAAGAAAGUAUUACCGAAGAAAAUAAAUACACAUUCACCGAAAAUAGUAUGAGUUAUGAUGGAAUGCCAAAGGUUUUAUUGAAAGUUUCAGAUUUAUCGUGGCCACAAAAUGAAAUGAUGUUAGAAAAUGGGAGAAACGAAAGUGACAAUAUAUUAGAAACUAACGACCAUUUAUUGCCAGUGUUGUUUGGAAUGAUAAUAUUCGUGCUGCUGCUUAUUCUUCUUCUAAUAAAAAGGCUGAAAGUAUUAAGAAAAACAGAGACCGCUAACAUAUUAGAAGAAAAAACGAAACAUAGACUUCGGGAAGAACAGCCACUAAAUCUUGCUGUACCACAGAACAUUCUAGGAAACGAAGCCAACACAAUAUUUCUGGAAGAAAUAACUCAGGCAGACGACAUUGUUCUUGAUGAAAUUCAAAGACUGGAUGUGGAAUAUACUAAUACCAUAGCUCAUAUGAUCCCAAUGGACAAGUUUAUCGAGUACCACAGCAUCAGACGAGAAAACAACAUCUUUGAAGAAGAAGAAUUUGCGAAAAUUCCGACUGGACUAAUGGAACUUUAUACAGAAGCUGUAAAGAAAGAGAACAUCUGUAAAAACCGCUAUAGAUAUGUAUAUCCUUAUGACUUUUGUAGGAUUGUACUUAGCACUUCCGAAGAACAAGGAAGAAAUGACUACAUUAAUGCCUGUUACGUCGAGGGUAUCAAUGGAGAUCCUACCUAUAUUGCAGCACAAGGACCAUUUACUCCCGCAACAUUGGUGGAUUUCUGGAGGAUGACGUGGCAGGAAAACAGCUCCAGAAUUGUGAUGCUGACAAAUUUGUUUGAAGGCGAUCAUAUGAAAUGCCUAAAAUAUUGGCCUGAGGAAGAAGAUACGUUUGGUGAUCUUGUUAUUCGAUUGGAAUCACAGGACAUUUAUGAAAAAUAUACGAUUAGACAUCUGGUUGUGCAGCAGGCCAAGAGUGAGGAUAAGAAUCCAAACGAUGUUGCUAAGAAAGUGACCCAGUUUCACUUCACCGGCUGGCCCGAUUGUGGAGUUCCGUCCGAUGUUGAAAGUCUUCUUUGUUUCCGGGACCUUGUGAAAAAUGGCCGACCGGAAGCUGAUGGUCCAAUAAUUGUCCAUUGUAGCGCGGGUAUAGGUAGGACUGGUACAUUUAUUGCUCUGGAUUAUUUGUUGGAAGAAGGAUCUACAAUGGAAAGUGUGGACAUCAUCAACUGUGUCUCCAAACUCAGACAGCAAAGGGCACAUUCAAUACAAACUAAGGCGCAGUACAUCUUUCUCUACGACGCACUUGCACAGGGAUUGAAAAAUAUUAGAAGGAAGUCAUUAUAUCAGCUUGUUGAUGAGAUCUGAAUUCAUGUUAGUUUUUAGGACUCGUUCUAUUUAUUUGUUUGUACUUCAAUCGCAAAUAUGUAUCGUGAUUAUUAAGCAUUUUUAAAUACAUUUAUAGAUAUAUGUACCUUUAUUUCCUUUUAUAUUUAUUGUGAACUGGUAUUUUCAGAAUUAAGUUAAAAUAUAUAACUCUUAAAAAGUUAUUAUACUAGUAGAAUAUAACAUUUGACUAGAAUAAAGAGGAAAGAAACUCAAGGCUGAGCAUUUGAAUCAGAAAUAAAUAUGCUGCUUGAUACAGUAGUAACAUUUUAUAUAAAAGAUGUUGACACUGUUCUAAUUCGGACGAUGUUAAUUUCAUUCGAGACGAGAUAACAAAUUAACUUUUUUUUUUUCAACAACCUAAUUUAUAAUUACCUCAAUACAUAAUGAAGAUUUAUUUUUAGCAGAAACGUUUUUUAAUAUUACAUCAACGUCAUUAUUCCAAGCUUAAAGAUAAGGAAACCGAGUGUGAUAUGUAAACUUAUUUAUCAUAUCAAUAGAAGCAGUUGAUAGGUGAUAUAUUGACGUUGUAGUACAUGUAUGUAAUAGAUCUGUUAAAGUAUGGUCAUUUACACAAGGUUUAUUUACGUUUAAAUAAGUUUAAGUUGCAGAUGUUUUACUUCCAAGAAUAGUAUUUCGUCUAUAUAUUUUAUCUUUAGGGCAAGAUAUACCAUGGCAUUGAAUAAUCCAUCGACAGUACUAAUACAUGUUUUCAGUAACAAGCAAAGUCUUCUAAGGAUCUUAUUUUUAAAAAAAACCCAUAAAAUUACAAUCUUCAUUUAUUUGAAAACCAUCAGUAAGUUGUACUUGGCACAAUCGGAAAGGACCCAGAGAUCUGUCAUUGUUUUUAGUUAUUAUUAACUUCACAUUUCAAAAAGUUGUAAACAAUAUUCUUUUUUGAUAGAAUGAACAUUUCAUUUCUCGAUACUCUUCACGAACGCUUAUUUAAUCGUGCGUGGAACUUUCCGGCGUCAAA